AUGAUACAGUUUAAUGCUGCCUUUAUUUUCCGUCUUCCACAGAGUGUUAUAUUUCAUGUAGAGAGUCAUCCCAAAUACACAUGGUUCAAACAAUGUGUGACAUUUAAUUUUUUCCCCUCUCAACACCACGAGUUGGCCUAUAACCUGUUCAGUAUUAUCGCACUAUAUGGACUUCCUUUGACGAUUAUCACAUCUGCAUACUGUUUCAUCAUGUGUCGCAUCUCUAAAAAGUCAAGACAAAGCAGAUACGAGAUCUCUGGGCCAGUCUAUGAUGGCACUGGCAGUGAGCUGGCUGUACUCAGACGGUCUGGAAUUGGCAACAUUGAAAGGGCCAAGUCUCGGACUUUGAAGAUGACGCUUGUUAUCGGUACGUAUGGUUCCUUAGUCGGUUGGACAGUGCAGGAAUGUUUGGUUUUUUUUUUAUUUUUUAUAUCAGUUCUUCGUCUGUGUUUAAAUUAUCU